AUGGCGAAAUGUGAGCCAAUUGUUUACUUGUCCCAUCAAUAAUUCUAUCAGAUUUAUGCAGCAACAUUGUGCUCCUUUUUCUUUGUUCUCCUGGAUAGUCACCAGUUAAAGUAUCCUGGUGUAAGGAAUGUUUUUACAUAAUUGUCUGCAUCCAGCAACGUCACAAGUCAUGUGACCUGUUUUUUCAACCGUUUCAGUACAGCACUACAGGGACAAAGAGGGGGAGAGGGCAAACUCCACUGAACUAGUUUCAAAGCAUGGAUUCACUUGAAAGUUUCUGGAUUUUGAGUAAACUUCUCCUUUAAUGUAUGUUCUCCCCUGCUAUUUUAGCUGAAGUUUAACAGUGCUGUGAAAGUCUGCCAUACUGUGAGGGAGUGUUUAAAAAGCACAGCACAGACAACCACCGAUGUGUGGUCCCUACCAGUCGACCUUGUGUUGUUAGCUUUAGCAUUAGCUUGUAUAUGUUGGCAGUUGGUAUAACCUGUUAAACUCUGAGUGAUUGUUUGGACCCUGUACAGGCUCCAGCUAGUUUGGGGGGUACCCACCCUAAUUUUAAUGGUGUCAGAAAAUAGAAAGUGACUCAUCAUUUGAAAGCUACAGCCCUUGUCAUUUUGAAAAUCAAACUCAAAUCUUACUACUGGCAAUGUCAUACGAAUCCCCCACCAUAAAGGCCAUACAUUUCAGUUUAAUCCACCAGAAAAGACAGAGCAAAUAAUACAACUAAUAUUGUGGUUAAACUCAAAUAUACUAAUUGAUUUUAAAGAAUUGAAAGGUUUAAUCUUUGUAAAUGAUAUCAUAAGUAGGACCGGUGGGGUUAUGUCACACAUGCAGCUAACAACAAUAUAUGGAAAUGUCUGCUCUACCCAAAAUUACAACCAACGAAUUGCUGCAUUACCACAAAAAUGGAAGAGGCAAGUGGAAGGGAGAAAAAGUAAGGAACUUGUCUGUCGGCCCUGCAAUCAAGACCAAAAUUGGUUAAAGAAAAUUGUGAUAAAUAAUAAAGUAUACCAGUUUCAUUUAGGACCAAAAAAUUGACAGCUGUGUGAUAUAGAUUGCAAAAUAGUUGGGAAGAGAUUUCCAAUGUACCGAUUCCAUGGCACAUGGUUUUUGAACUGAUACGCUAAACACCAGUUUCAAAACUUAAGAAUUUGUCAAUUUAAAUGAUUAUACAAAAUUCUUGCAACCAAUAGAAUGUUAUAUACACUGCUCGAAAAAAUAAAGGGAACACUUAAACAACACAAUGUAACUCCAAGUCAAUCACACUUCUGUGAAAUCAAACUGUCCACUUAGGAAGCAACACUGAUUGAGAAUAAAUGUCACAUGCUGUUGUGCAAAUGGAAUAAACAACAGGUGGAAAUUAUAGGCAAUUAGCAAGAUACCCCCAAUAAAGAAGUGGUUCUGCAGGUGGUGACCACAGACCACUUCUCAGUUCCUAUGCUUCCUGUCUGAUGUUUUGGUCACUUUUGAAUGCUGGCGUUGCUUUCACUCUAGUGGUAGCAUGAGACGGAGUCUACAACCCACACAAGUGGCUCAGGUAGUGCAGCUCAUCCAGGAUGGCACAUCAAUGCGAGCUGUGGCAAGAAGGUUUGCUGUGUCUGUCAGCGUAGUGUCCAGAGCAUGGAGGCGCUACCAGGAGACAGGCCAGUACAUCAGGAGACGUGGAGGAGGCCGUAGGAGGGCAACAACCCAGCAGCAGGACUGAUACCUCCGCCUUUGUGCAAGGAGGAGCAGGAGCACUGCCAGAGCCCUGCAAAAUGACCUAAAGCAGGCCACAAAUGUGCAUGUGUCUGCUCAAACGGUCAGAAACAGACUCCAUGAGGGUGGUAUGAGGGCCCGACAUCCACAGGUGGGGGUUGUGCUUACAGCCCAACACCGUGCAGGACGUUUGGCAUUUGCCAGAGAACACCAAGAUUGGCAAAUUCGCCACUGGCGCCCUGUGCUCUUCACAGAUGAAAGCAGGUUCACACUGAGCACAUGUGACAGACGUGACAGAGUCUGGAGACGCCGUGGACAACGUUCUGCUGCCUGCAACAUCCUCCAGCAUGACCGGUUUGGCGGUGGGUCAGUCAUGGUGUGGGGUGGCAUUUCUUUGGAGGGCCGCACAGCCCUCCAUGUGCUCGCCAGAGGUAGCCUGACUGCCAUUAGGUACCGAGAUGAGAUCCUCAGAACCCUUGUGAGACCAUAUGCUGGUGCGGUUGGCCCUGGGUUCCUCCUAAUUCAAGACAAUGCCAGACCUCAUGUGGCUGGAGGGUGUCAGCAGUUCCUGCAAGAGGAAGGCAUUGAUGCUAUGGACUGGCCCGCCCGUUCCCCAGACCUGAAUCCAAUUGAGCACAUCUGGGACAUCAUGUCUCGCUCCAUCCACCAACGCCACGUUGCACCACAGACUGUCCAGGAGUUGGCGGAUGCUUUAGUUCAGGUCUGGGAGUAGAUCCCUCAGGAGACCAUCCGCCACCUCAUCAGGAGCAUGCCCAGGCGUUGUAGGGAGGUCAUACAGGCAAGUGGAGGCCACACACACUACUGAGCCUCAUUUUGACUUGUUUUAAGGACAUUACAUCAAAGUUGGAUCAGCCUGUAGUGUGGUUUUCCACUUUAAUUUUGAGGGUGUCUCCAAAUCCAGACCUCCAUGCGUUGAUAAAUUUGAUUUCCAUUGAUAGUUUUUGUGUGAUUUUGUUGUCAGCAUAUUUAACUAUGUAAAGAAAAAAGUAUUUAAUAAGAGUAUUUCAUUCAUUUAGAUCUAGGAUGUGUUGUUUAAGUGUUCCCUUUAUUUUUUUGAGCAGUGUAUACAGUGGGGAAAAAAGUAUUUAGUCAGCCACCAAUUGUGCAUGUUCUCCCACUUAAAAAGAUGAGAGAGGCCUGUAAUUUUCAUCAUAGGUACACGUCAACUAUGACAGACAAAAUGAGAAAAAAAAUCCAGAAAAUCACAUUGUAGGAUUUUUUAUGAAUUUAUUUGCAAAUUAUGGUGGAAAAUAAGUAUUUGGUCAAUAACAAAAGUUUCUCAAUACUUUGUUAUAUACCCUUUGUUGGCAAUGACACAGGUCAAACAUUUUCUGUAAGUCUUCACAAGGUUUUCACACACUGUUGCUGGUAUUUUGGCCCAUUCCUCCAUGCAGAUCUCCUCUAGAGCAGUGAUGUUUUGGGGCUGUCGCUGGGCAACACAGACUUUCAACUCCCUCCAAAGAUUUUCUAUGGGGUUGAGAUCUGGAGACUGGCUAGGCCACUCCAGGACCUUGAAAUGCUUCUUACGAAGCCACUCCUUCGUUGCCCGGGCGGUGUGUUUGGGAUCAUUGUCAUGCUGAAAGACCCAGCCACGUUUCAUCUUCAAUGCCCUUGCUGAUGGAAGGAGGUUUUCACUCAAAAUCUCACGAUACAUGGCCCCAUUCAUUCUUUCCUUUACACGGAUCAGUCGUCCUGGUCCCUUUGCAGAAAAACAGCCCCAAAGCAUGAUGUUUCCACCCCCAUGUUUCACAGUAGGUAUGGUGUUCUUUGGAUGCAACUCAGCAUUCUUUGUCCUCCAAACACGACGAGUUGAGUUUUUACCAAAAAGUUCUAUUUUGGUUUCAUCUGACCAUAUGACAUUCUCCCAAUCCUCUUCUGGAUCAUCCAAAUGCACUCUAGCAAACUUCAGACUGGCCUGGACAUGUACUGGCUUAAACAGGGGGACACGUCUGGCACUGCAGGAUUUGAGUCCCUGGCGGCGUAGUGUGUUACUGAUGGUAGGCUUUGUUACUUUGGUCCCAGCUCUCUGCAGGUCAUUCACUAGGUCCCCCCGUGUGGUUCUGGGAUUUUUGCUCACCGUUCUUGUGAUCAUUUUGACCCCACGGGGUGAGAUCUUGCGUGGAGCCCCAGAUCGAGGGAGAUUAUCAGUGGUCUUGUAUGUCUUCCAUUUCCUAAUAAUUGCUCCCACAGUUGAUUUCUUCAAACCAAGCUGCUUACCUAUUGCAGAUUCAGUCUUCCCAGCCUGGUGCAGGUCUACAAUUUUGUUUCUGGUGUCCUUUGACAGCUCUUUAGUCUUGGCCAUAGUGGAGUUUGGAGUGUGACUGUUUGAGGUUGUGGACAGGUGUCUUUUAUACUGAUAACAAGUUCAAACAGGUGCCAUUAAUACAGGUAACGAGUGGAGGACAGAGGAGCCUCUUAAAGAAGAAGUUACAGGUCUGUGAGAGCCAGAAAUCUUGCUUGUUUGUAGGUGACCAAAUACUUAUUUUCCACCAUAAUUUGCAAAUAAAUUCAUUAAAAAUCCUACAAUGUGAUUUUCUAGAGAAAAAAAAUCUCAAUUUGUCUCUCAUAGUUGACAUGCACCUAUGAUGAAAAUUACAGGCCUCUCUCAUCUUUUUAAGUGGGAGAACUUGCACAAUUGGUGGCUGACUAAAUACUUUUUCCCCCCACUUUAUGGGGGAUACCACCAUCCCAGCUCUGCAGAUUUUGCUGCAAAGAGACAGAAUCAUUAGAUCAUUUGUUUUGGAACUGUCCAUAUGUAACUUGUUUUUGGUCGCAGGUCCAGGAAUGGUUGAAGAAGUGUAACAUUUACCUGGAGCUAACCCUGCAGAUGGCACUACUGGGUGAUUUGAAAAGUCAUAGUCAAUUGAUCAAUGACAUAAUAAUACUUUUAGCAAAAAUUGCCCUCUCAACGUCCAAGGGAGGGGGAGGUGCGUCAUGGGGUCCAACACUUGCCAAGGGACCAGCUGCCACUGGCCUGAGGAGAGAUACAUGAAAUGAGGGUGAUAUACGGUAAUUGACGUGGAGCUGUAAUCUGUACGUCACCUCAUUGACUCUCUUCAGGACUUUGAACGGCCCCACAAACCGUGGGCUCAGCUUCCGGCAGGGCAGGCGGAGGAGCAGGUCCUUCGUAGAAAGCCAGACCCUGUCACCGGAGUGAAAAACCGGGGCCACACUGCGGUGACGAUCGGCCUGCGCCUUCUGCCGGAGGACGACGCGCUGGAGACAGGUGUGCGCUGUGUUCCAUACCUCCUUGGCGCGCCGGAACCAAUCAUCCACCGCAGGAGCCUCGAUCUGACUCUGGUGCCAGGACCGGCUGAUAGCCUAGAACACACUGAAAGGGUGUGAGGUUAGUGGAGGAGUGACGGAGGGAGUUUUGUGCUUAUUCUGCCUAAGGCAGAAAUAAAGCCCACUCCCCCGGCCGAUCCUGACAGUAACUAUGAAGGUACCUACCCAGUUCCUGAUUUUCCCUUUCCACCUGCCCAUGAGAUUGGGGACGGUACUCAGAGGUGAGGCUGACUGUGACCCCCAGUCGUUCCAUGAAGGCCUUCCAGACACGGGAGGUGAACGGAGGACCACGGUCAGACACAAUGUCCUCAGGGAUCCCGUAGUGCCGGAAGAUGUGAGAGAAGAGAGCCUCCGCGGUCUGCAUGGCCGUAGGGAGACCAGGCAGAGGAAUCAAACAACAGGUUUUGGAAAACCGGUCCACAACGACCAGGAUGGUGGUGUGCCCCUCCUAGGGGGGAAGGUCUGUGACAAAGUCACAGAGAUGGGACCAGGGUCGUUGUGGAACUGGCAGCGGGUGAUGUUUGCCAUAGGGGAGGUGUCUAGGUGUCUUGCUCUGUGCACAGAUGGAGUAGGAAGAGACGUAAACCCGGACGUCCCGGGCCAAGAUGGGCCACCAGUACUUGGCGGAGAGACAGUCGAUAGUACAGGCUAUACCCGGGUGCCCCGACACAGGUGCUGUGUGUGCCCAGGCGAGGAGACGGUGCCGCACAGAGGGCACGUAGAUACGUCCCUUCGGGACAGUGGGCAGGUGAGGGCUCCUGUCGCAGGGCUCAACAGAUGUCCGCGUCCACAUUCCACACGACAGGAGCCACAAUGUGGGACAGGGGAAUAAUGGGUGUCACUUUCUCCCUCCGAUCCUCUGUGUCAUGCACCCGGGACAACACAUCGGCCUUAACGUUCUUUGAUCCCGGCCGGUAGGAGAGGGUAAAGUCAAACCUGGUGAAGAAUAGGGCCCACCUGGCCUGACGCGGGUCCAUCCUCUUCGCUGCUCGAAUGUACUCCAUGUUCUGGGGGUCCGUCCAGACAAGUCCAGCCAGUGCCACCAUGCUUUCAGUGCCUUCUUUACGGCCAACAACUCACGAUCCCCCACGUUGUAAUUCCGCUCCGCGGGAGACAGCUUCCGUGAGUAGAAGGGGCAUGGAUGGAGAUUAGGCGGCGAUCCAAUGCGUUGGGAGAGAACAGUCCCUACUCUAACCUCGGAGGCAUCCACCUCCACGAUGAAGGGCAGAGACGGGUUAGGGUGAGCCAGAACAGCUACGUUAGUAAAACGUUCCUUGAGUGCAUGGAAGGCUUUUUUGGCCUCCCCAGCCCAGCGCAGCUGUCGAGGACCUACCUUCAGGAGGGAGUUGAGAGGGGCCACCACUGUGCUGAAACCCCUAAUGAAGCGCCUAAAAUAGUUGGCAAAACCAAGGAAGCGCUGCACCGCCUUGAUGUUGGAUGGAACAGGCCACGACCGUACUGAACUGACCUUCUGCUCUUCCUUCUCCACUCAUGUGGUGGAUAUCCAAUAGCCCAGGAAGGGUUAGAUGUGGGGGCAGGCAUGUGGCACGAGUCUUCGAAAAGGCCACCUGUAGGUCCCAGUAUUCCUCCGGGAUAGGGACGUGGGUGACCUGGUCCGAACUUUCCACGGCGGUGGCACAGAUUGACACAGAGAGACACCUCCCCUGACACUCCUGUGACCAACCCAACAACCUCCUCUCUGUCCACGAUAUACUGGGGUUAUGCAACUGUAGCCAGGGGAAACCUAAAACUAUGGGGUGUGCAGGAGAGCCUAAGAUGAGGAAAGUGAUGCGUUCAUGGUGGUUGUGAUUAACUGUGAGGGAAAUGGGAAUCGUGGUCUGGCGCACCAGUCCUGUUCCUGGGGGACGGUUGUCUAGGGCAUUGACUGGGAUAUGGGGUUGUAAAGGGACUAGAAGAAUGCGUAAUGAUAAGGCCACUGAACGGUCUAGGAAAUUGCCUGCAGCACCUAAGUUCACUAGGGCAGGACUCAGUGCGGGACCAGGAUAGUCAGGGAAGGUGACAGGGAGGAGGACGGGCUGGGUGGACAGAGAGGAGCAAGGCACGUCCACGCCUACCUGGGAAGGUGUAGGAGCGCUCCUCGGCCUGUCGCUUCCUCGCCUGGUGCUCCUUCUGGGACAGGGGUUCCAGGGGUGGUCCGACUCCCAGCAGUAGGAGCAGAGACCCUGUUGGUGGCCGCGUUGAUGUUCCGCAGGGGGAAGGUGCGUCGUGCCCACCUCCAUGGGCUCAGUCUCGCUGGAGGUUCCUGGGAGAGACUCGAACCCCCGGGAUGGGCGACGACGGGCACGCAGGAGAUUAUCCAGGCGGAUGGCGAUGGCGAUGAGCUGGUCCAGCGUGAGGUCCUCAUCGCGACAGGCCAGCUCGGUCUGUACGUCCGCCUAUAGCGCACUGUGGAAAACCGUCAACAGGGCCUGGUCAUUCCAGCCAGUGGACGCAGCCACCGUCCGGAAAUCCAGAGCGUGCUCCGACGCUGUCCUGGACCCCUGGCGUAGACGGAGGAGACGCUCACCUCCCUCUCGGCCCUCUGUUGGGUGGACGAAGACGGCACGGAAGAGUUGGGUGAAGCGCUCAUAGGACUGCAUUUCUGGACCAUACCUCACCCAGACGGCAUGCGCCCACUCCAGAGCCCGGCAUGACAGGCAAGGUGGAGGUCACACUGCAGGAGAAACCCCCUAUAGUGAGCUGGGGUGCUGUCAAACCGCUCCGGGAGGGGCAGGUGGACGUUGUUGAUCAGACCGGGUGAUGUAGAUGGUGGUGGGGUGGCUGGAAUGACCACGGGGAGCUGGGAAGGUGGUUGUGUAGCCUGCAGUUGGCGUACGGCCUGGAGCACCUCGUCCAUGGCAGUCCCGAGGUGCUCAAGGCACGUGUCGUGGUGGCAGAGCUUCGCUCCUACAGCAGAGAGGUCAGGAUGUCCUGCUGCUUCCUGUUUUCUUGGGUCAGUCAUUCUGUCACUGGUGUAGAGAGGAGUAGGCAGGAGACAGUCGCAGGUUUAGAACUACUGAAUUUAUUUAAGCACCAUAGAUCAAAGUGGGACGAAACCCAAACGCUGUUGUGCUCAAAAUAUAUCUUCAUAAACAAAAAGGUACAGGAAAUAGUAGGAGAGAUUCCUCUCAGGAAAACAAGUAACAUUUACAAUGGCCUACAAAGACAAAUGGCAGAGGGAGUAUAUACAUUUGAAGUCGGAAGUUUACAUACACCUUAGCCAAAUACAUUUAAACUCAGUUUUUCACAAUUCCUGACAUUUAAUCCUAGUAAAAAUUCCCUGUCUUAGGUCAGUUAGGAUCACCACUUUAUUUUAAGAAUGUGAAAUGUCAGAAUAAUAGUAGAGAGAAUUAUUUAUUUCAGCUUUUAUUUAUUUCAUCACAUUCCCAGUGGGUCAGAAGUUUACAUUCACUCAAUUAGUAUUUGGUAGCAUUGCCUUUAAAUUGUUUAACUUGGGUCAAAUGUUUCGGGUAGCCUUCCACAAGCUUCCCACAAUACAUUUUGGCCCAUUCCUCCUGACAGAGCUGGUGUAACUGAGUCAGGUUUGUAGGCCUCCUUGCUCGCACACGCUUUUUCAGUUCUGCCCACAGAUUUUCUAUAGGAUUGAGAUCAGGGGUUUGUGAUGGCCAGUCCAAUACCUUGACUUUGUUGUCCUUAAGCCAUUUUGCCACAACUUUGGAAGUAUGCUUGGGGUCAUUGUCCAUUUGGAAGACCCAUUUGCGACCAAGCUUUAGCUUCCUGACUGAUGUCUUGAGAUGUUGCUUCAAUAUAUCCACAUAAUUGUCCUUCCUCAUGGUGCCAUCUAUUUUGUGAAGUGCACCAGGCCCUCCUGCAGCAAAGCACACCGACAGCAUGAUGCUGCCACCCCCGUGCUUCACGGUUGGGAUGGUGUUCUUCGGCUUGCAAGUUCCCCCUUUUUCCUCCAAAUAUAACGAUGGUCAUUAUGGCCAAACAGUUCUAUUUUUGUUUCAUCAGACCAGAGGACAUUUCUCCAAAAAGUACGAUCUUUGUCUCCAUGUGCAGUUGCAAACCGUAGUCUGGCUUUUUUAUGGCAGUUUUGGAGCAGUGGCUUCUUCCUUGCUGAGCGGCCUUUCAGGUUAUGUCGAUAUAGGACUCGUUUUACUGUGGAUAUAGAUACUUUUGUACCUGUUUCCUCCAGCAUCUUCACAAGGUCCUUUGCUGUUGUUCUGGGAUUGAUUUGCACUUUUCACACCAAAGUACGUUCAUCUCUAGGAGACAGAACGCUUCUCCUUCCUGAGCGGUAUGACAGCUGCGUGGUCCCAUAUUGUUUAUACUUGCAUACUAUUGUUUGUACAGAUGAACGUGGUACCUUCAGGCAUUUAGAAAUUGCUCCCAAGGAUGAACCAGACUUGUGGAGGUCUACAAAGCAAAUAGGCACUGAGUUUGAAGGUAGGCCUUGAAAUACAUCCACAGGUACACCUCCAAUUGACUCAAAUUAUGUAAAUUAGCCUAUCAGAAGCUUCUAAAGCCAUGACAUCACUUUCUGGAAUUUUCCAAACUGUUUAAAGGCACAGUCAACUUAGUGUAUGUGAACCUCUGACCCACUGGAAUUGUGAUACAGUGAAUUAUAAGUGAAAUAAUCUGUCUGUAAACAUUUGUUGGAAAAAUUACUUGUGUCAUGCACAAAGUAGAUGUCCUAACCGACUUGCCAAAACUAUAGUUCGUUAACAAGACAUUUGUGGAGUGGUUGAAAAACGAGUUUUAAUGACUCCAACCUAAGUGUAUGUAAACUUCCGACUUCAACUGUAUACAGUGAUAGAGUGGGGAUUGAAAGCAGGUGUGUGUAAUGAUGACGAGACAAGUACGGGGUUGAUGACUGAAGGGCAUUUGCCAGCAGUAGGUUCGGCAGUAGCUAGAAGGCCGGCGACGCCGAACGCCUGAGAUGGACAGGAGGGGGAGCCAAAGUGAAGGCUGGUGUGACAAAGCUUUGCACACUCAAGAGUGUGCAAGGCUGUCAUCAAGGCAAAGGGUGGCUAUUUGAAGAAUCUCAAAUAUAAAAUAUGUUUUGAUUUGUUUAACACUUUUUUGGUUACUACAUGAUUCCAUAUGUGUUAUUUCAUAGUUUUAAUGUCUUCACUAUUAUUCUACAAUGUAAAAAAUAGUAAAAAUAAAGAAAAACCCUUGAAUGAGUAGGUGUGUCCAAACUUUUGAUCGGUAGUGUAUAUAUAUGGGGGAUUGGAAAUUAUGGAGACAAUUACAUUGAUGGAAGCUACAAUCUAUCUGCACUAUUAAAGCUGUUCUACCACCUAAAAAAAAAUAAUAAUAAUAAUAAUAAAAAAAAUAUACAAAUUAUUCUUGUCAAACCACAAUGCAAUUUGGAGCGUAUACCACCCGUUUUCAAGUCAAAUUUUUCAUGUAGCUGACAUUCGGUAAUAAAUAAUAUUUUUUUUGGCAUUUUGUGUUAUUGUUAUAGGCUCACGUUUUACCGGUAUGGCGGGCUCCCACUAUUUAUUUUGCCACGAUGCCGUACCGGAUUGUACCUGCCUACUUUUACCCCUGCUCUUGAGGCACAGAUCAUGGCAGAGAGAGUGCCAGACCUAAUUUGGUAAGAGAAAAGUGUUAAAAUAGGCCACAUCAGAGAAUUUUGAAGAAAGAUUCCUCUGCCGUCGUCCCGGCACACCUUGCGUUAAGAAGAUGUAAAUCUUUAAGGUAUGCUGUCCCGGAACUUUGGAGUAUAUCUCUCCUGUCUCUCAGUUGGGAGUUGAUUCCUCUUUAAUUUAUCCAGCAGAGCAGAAGAGAACAAACACCAGCUGCUUCUCUCCGAUACAUUCUAAAUCUCAUCUCUGUCACCCGCUUUAGCUGAUGCAGAAAUAUAAAAUGUAUUCGGCAGCAUCUCAGGAAGCUAAUAUGCUUUGAUUUAUGGCAUUACACUUCCUUAGUGGACACUCUGUGAAAGAUGAAAAAAUAGAGAGAACACAGGGAUAGCUCGGUCAGGUGGCUUUCAUUAGUAUCUAGGGAAAAUGUAGGCUUUACGUGCCAUUAUAAAAUCUUAUCGACUCGCCGGACACCAGGGUAAUUGUAAGUCUAAAAUAAGUUUGCGAGAGGCAUAUAAUUCAUGGUCCUUUUUGAUAGUGCCAGGGCCUAAUUGUCAUAUUUAGUCAGAGAAUCUGCCUAUCCAACACAGAGGUUUUUCAAUAAGUGGAUUUGACAGUAAUUGUGGUUGCCAUGGCUACGGGUUGUUCCACCACAUUUCAUUAUGUUACCCGCACACCCCUACCAUCAUCCCAACCUCACUAACAAUCCCACUAAAGCCGAUGGGAGCUGCCUACUGCAUUAGCAAUGCUGAGACCUUGCCAGAUCUCCGGCAAUUAACACAUUGUUAUCUAAAUACAUGCUACUGUGGCCUAUACGUCUACGAUGUGAGAAUGUUGGGUGAGACAUUUUUUCAUUUGUUGACUUGGCAUACCAACUCUACGACUAUGUCUGCGCCACUUUGUUUUAGUGACUGUGCUUUUACUAAAAUGAGGCUGCAAACAAUAAAAUGCUUAUUUGUUAACUGAAUCCAAUUAUCGGCAUAGAUGCAGCAUCAUAUUGAAAAGUGAAAGGUGGGAAACAGCUCAUCUUAGGUUGAUCAGCAGCAGAUGUUCAGUCAAGCUGUUGAUGCAUUUCAGUGUGCCGUGCCUUGCCUCACUGUGCUUUGCCGCUGUGUCAUCCUGUCAUAGUCCCUCUCCCCUUGGUCACACCUGUUAUAGGACCUGCUGUAUGUAAAGUGUAUUGGGACUAUGUACAAAUGCAUACAAAUGCAUAGUUUGACUUGAACUGUUCUGAGACCUGCUUUCUCUGUGUUUUUCUCUUCUAGCCUCCCUGCAGGUGGAGAUCACACCGAUGCAAGGAGAGAUCAGCGUCGGGGAGUCCAAAUUCUUCCUCUGCGAAGGUAGGUGUGGUACAGAUACCAUCGCCUCCACAACAGCAAACUCCCAAAUAGCUACAGUAUUUUGACAGCUUGAUAUAGAAUAUAACUCUAAAUAAAGUGCAGGUGCUACAGCAGUUCUCAUGGCUGCAGUAGCAUGGGUUUCCUGGGAUGCUAACCUGCAACUGUGGUCAGUUACCCCCCACUACUGGCAGACUGCUGCAGGUCAGCAUCCUGUUGUUGAAUAGCAAAGAAAAGAGAGGCUCAAUAUGUCAUGGAAGGAAGAUGAAAACAUUUCACUUUAACGUUUCCUUUGAAUGAAAAUAACUGUAGAUAGCUGUGUCAUUUUUUUGCAGUAAGAUGUCAGCAAUAUACUGUUUAUUCCAUUACGAAUGAGGGAGUGAAAGAUUCCAGAAAACUUGGCUUUGCCCUUCUUUCAAAAUAUAAAUGGUGGAGUUUUCAUUUCAGUCUUUUUUCAGGUAGUACAUCAUCUGAGCAAAUAUGUAAAAGAGUUCUCUUUUUGUGCAUAUUGAUAUGAAGAUGGAUUUCACAUUCCUUGAAGCAGGUAGCCCUAGGGAAUACUGGUCUAGUAUUAGUCAAUUUAUAACGAAAAGAUGUUGCUUGUUUGUCAGGAUAUUCACAUCUUUGUUGAGAAUGAUAAGGAUGAGAUGUUGUGGAAUUAUGCCUACAUUAUAUACUUUUAGGUUUUAUCUCAUGUUCAUGACAUAUUUUCAGCUUGCAAAGGUGACAUAUACAGCGUUAGGAUGGAUGCUGUUUUGCUAAGUAGAGAAACCCGUUAACCUUGGCGAAAAAAAGCUAUAAUGCAUACCUCAGACGCAGCAUCAUCUCGCAAGGCAGGACAUAUUUCUCUGCUUGGGUAUCAUUUAUAUAAACUGCUGAAGACACAUAAACAGUGCAUUCGCACUCUGCUCACACAUCCACCCUGCCUCUAUUCAUCCCUCAGUUGUCGGAGACGCAAAGGACAUUGAUUGGUAUGCCCCGAACGGUGAGAAGCUCUUACCGAACAGACAGGACAUCAUUGUGAACCGCAACGACGAGUCCUCGUCCACCCUCACUAUCUACAAUGCUGAUGUGGACAAUGCCGGAGUCUACAAGUGUGUGGCCAAAAAUGGAGACAAGGAGUCUCAGGGCACUGUCAAUGUGAAAAUCUUCCGUAAGUUCCCUCUUAAACUCAAACUCCUUGAAAAGUGUUGAUAUUAUUCAUUGUAAUUUAGUGGAUUACCACCAAAUGAUAUCACUUCACUGUAUUAUCUGUACAUAUUUGUGGCGUGCACAAUGUAAUUUUGAAGAAUGUAAUUUUAAAAAGUGUCUGUGCAUAUUUUGUGCAUAUUUGUUUACUUCAAUUGUCCUCCUACAUACAGUAUUGUUGAUUGUAUCUUCGCCCUAGUAUCAUUGUAAUGGUAUCCAUCUAUUUAUCUUAAUUUAGAGAACCCGCAUAUACAGAAUAUACAAUAAUACUAACUGUAUAGUAUGUUCCAUCAUGAACAGUUGGAAUGCCACGACAAAUGCAUAGACUGGGUAACAAAGAAAGCACUUGCCAUAGCACAUGUUGGUCUAUUAAGUUUGUUGACUGGUUCAGGAAAUGCAAUUGACAGUGGACUUCUAUUCUUCUCCCAUACAGAAAAGAUAACCUUCAAGAACGCCCCUUCCCCACAGGAGUUUAAUGAAGGGGAUGACGCUGACAUCAUCUGUGAUGUCGUCAGCUCGCCUCCCGCCACCAUCAUCUGGAAGCACAAAGGCGCAAAGAUCCAGGUUACAAAAGACGGUAAGGCUUGUACACAAAUUGAUGUGCCAAUGUGUGGUUGCCUACUACCCCGAGUCGUGCAGCUCACCCCCCUUUCCCUGUUUUUUUGUUUGCUUUCAUCAUAUAUGCCUACUUUUUUUUAUUCACCCCCCACUCAUUCGCUCUCUCCCUAAGAACACAGCCCAGCCUUUUGGUAAUUUGAGUGUUUCGACAUAAUGGAUGAAGUGAGGACAGGAAACAGGAUAUUUCUUGAUCAGUUGUGAAAGGAUAUUUAAAGGCUUCAUAUUUAGAUGAUUUAGUCAAGUUGAGUGGGAUGCUGUCAGAGAGGCAUUCUGAACGAUUUUGUUUUUCUCCUGACUGCACUAUUCUAACCUUAGAAGACCCCUCCCUCUGGCGACCACUGGGAAGCUCAGGGUGACCACAGCGCUCUGGUGUGUGGCGUUUUCUUGGACCCUGGACAGGGAUGUGUUUUUCACUAGAAAACCACUAAUUGUAGCCCAGACUGAAACCCAUACUGCUUAUGUAAAUACCAUUUUCCACAUUGCUCCAGUUAACUUUUCCAUAUCAAAGCUGCAUGUGCUUAUAGCUCAAAGUACACUUCUUUUUCAUGCUAAUAUGUGUUUCACAGCUCAGAGAGAGCUAUUUAAAAAGUCUGGUUAAUGAAUUCAAAGCUUUUGCCCAAAUACACAUUCACUAAACCAGAUCUACGUCUGGCACCGCUUCAAAAGAGGGUUGACUUAACACAGUUGCCAAUAUUUCUACGCUGGCUGCCAGAUGUUUGAACUUAAAGAGUAAAGAGGAUUCAUAGAAUAUUUACAUAGUAGAGCUUUGACAACACAAUUCAAGAAGUAGUAGUAGUUGCUUUCAGCAUCUGUAUGUUUACAUGGUCCAUGUUUUACCACAUUUACUACAGUAUAGAUAUAAAGGAUAUAGAAUAAGAGGCAUCAUGCCAUGACAAUGCUCUGUUGAGCAAUGUAACCAAAUCUCACGGUGAAUAGUACAGCACUUAUUUUUCUAAAUAAACAUUGAAACAUUGAACAUAUGUAAAUUAACAUUAUUCCAGUGGAUGGAUGGUGGAGCUUUUUUUUUGAUGAGUCUAUAUGUCACUAAUAUGACAGAUCAAUCUUUUUCUGGUGGCGAGUUAUUUACCGUAUCAUGUGGUUCUAAAAAUCAUCUUCUCUCCACACCUAUGUAUAACUCAUGACUAUUUUUACAUUGUAAUAUUGCUGCUGGGAGUGGGCAAAUGCAGCAUUCCUCUGUAACUCAGACCAUGCCUCCUAAGUCGCAUUGUAUGUGUGGUUUCCCAUGUUGCCUUGUGUUAAACCUACACUACCCACUGUUAAUGACGAUUGAGCCUUCUCUGUUUCCUUUUCUUGCGGUUGUUCACAGUUCGAUUUAAGAUCAUGGGCAACAACCAUCUCCAGAUCCGAGGCAUCAAGAAAACGGAUGAAGGGGCGUACACCUGUGAGGCUCGUGUUAUGGCCAGGGGAGAGAUUGACCUGAAGAUCAUCAAGGUCAUCAUCAACGGUGAGUACCACAUCCUCCCUCUCACCCUACCCACUAUUUUUCCGCCUAUGCUCUCACCCUGGGAUUUGGAUCUGAGCACACUUAGAAUAUAGUAUAGUUAUAGAUCCAAUACUGUGCUAUUAUGAACACCAUUACAGAGUAAAAAACAAAAACAAGCCUGUAACAAGCUUACAGUAACAUUUAUUUACUCCUAUCAUCCUUAAAGCCAACCAGUAUAGUGCAUCAUUAUCUAAUUAUAAACCAUUUAAAGACUUGUUUGAAGCAUAUAACACCCUUACAAUGUCUUAUUAUCUUAGUAUCAUCUUAGUAUAAUUAAUUUCCUACUCAAGUAUGACCUCUGUAUCUUUGAAUAAUGCUUGUAUGUCUGUGUUUCAGUGCUCCCUAGCAUCCGCACCAGGCAGUCGGAGGUGAAUGCCACGGCGGACAUCAACCAGUCUGUGAUGCUGGCCUGUGAUGCUGACGGCUUCCCUGAACCCACAGUCACCUGGGCCCGGUAAGUCACACCAACCAUCUUGUCUUUCAUGAGCGUAAACAAAGUGGCUUGUUGUAGCUGGUUGGGGAGAUCAAAGUGAAUAUGUAUAUAUUUUUGUAAACAAAAGGUAAACAUUCUCAUGAUAAAAGAGGAAAUGGGUCAACAGUAUGAAUUCCAUUUAUCUAGUUCCUUGAAGAUGGCCAAAGCUCUCUUGUUUGAUCUAUCCUCAGCAUAGCUGUUGUUGACACAACGGGCCCUCUAGUAUAGUGUGACAACAAUUCCAACAUUACAGAGUUACUGUACUGCUUCUCUAGCUCCUCUUGGAGUGUAAAUUAAUGAGAAGGAUAGGAGGAUGAGGAGACACAUCCGAUCAGGGCUUGGCCUCGCCGGAGGAGGAAGGAGACAAGCGGGGUAGGGUGUCAGGAGGGGGAAGGAGGGGGGCCAGCAGCUCCCACCAUUUGUAAUUUAUUUCCUGGGCCGCUGAUAGGCCUGUCAUUUGGUAUCCCUUGGAGAACUCUUCAGGAUUGAAGCUCCUACAAGCAUACAGAUGAGGGACUGCAGUCCAAACCCAGUGUAUGCAUGUCUGAUUUAGAGUUCAAGGAAAGCUCAGGCAUGUCGCGGUUCAAAGAGUGCUCAUUCAAGAGUGCCGAAAACAUUCCUUAAAAAAUAAAUAACUUAACAUCAUACAGUGUAUCACCAUCCUAUGGAUGUAGUCCCUUUGUAAAACAGCCAUGAUUAUCACGACUCAGGGUAAGACCCAGAUGCAGACAGUUCGAAAUAGCAAAAGUUUAUUUACAAAAACAGGGGGCAGGUAAACGACAGGUCAAGGGCAGGCAGAGGUCAGUAAUCCAGAGCAGAGUCCGAAAGGUACAGAAACGGUAGGCAGGCUCAGGGUAGGGGCAGGCAGAAUGGUUAAAACCAGGAAAACCAGGGGCUAGAGCAAAACAGGAGUACGGGAAAACCGCUGGUAGGCUUGACGAGACAAGACGAACUGGCAACAGACAAACACAGAACACAGGUAUAAAUACACAGGGGAUAAUGGGGAAGAUGGGCGACACCUGGAGGGGGAUGGAGACAAACACAAAGACAGGUGAAACAGAUCAGGGUGUGACAAUGAUAUAGCUAUGGUACAGAGCAGAGCCAGAGAAAGAAAGAGGAAAAGCUUUGUGUACGAUUUCUGACGUGGAUAUUUGGUCCGACGCUUUAAAGACUUACGGUUCUGAGACAAGCCUUUUGUUUACCAACCGCUCAACUUUGAGAUAAAGCCCCCAAACAGAUCAUAGUCACAGACUGAAGAGGACUAUUUUUAGCUUCAUGUUGUUGUGAACUCUGUGUUUCUGCCUCUCCCCCCUCAGUAACAACAUUGUCCUUGAAUCGGACGAUAAAUACAGCCUGAAUGACGACGGCUCGGAGCUGAUAAUAAAGGAGGUCAAGAAAGUGGAUGAAGGAGAUUACACAUGCAUCGCCCGGAACAAGGCUGGGGAGAAAGAGGAGGAAGUCAGCUUGAAUGUGUUCGGUAAGAGCAAAAUGAUUCCCAUUAACUGUAGUAAAAGAACGUUGCGUUUUUGUGCUUUUGAAAUGUUUUUCAUGUAGACUCCAAUGCUUCCCACAGUUGUGUCAAGAUGUCUGGAUGUCCUAAAACCCUGAGCUUUUGAAAUGUUUUUCUUGUUUUUACUAUAGCAAUGUGCAUACAAGCAAUACACAAAACAUUAGGAACACCUUCCUAAUAUUGAGUUGCACCCCCUUUUCCCCUCAGAACAGCCUCAAUUCAUUGGGCAUGGACUCUACAAGGUGUCAAAAGCGUUCCACAGGGAUGCUGGCCCAUGUUGACUCCAAUGCUUCCCACAGUUGUGUCAAGUUGGCUGGAUGUCCUAUUGGGUGGUAGACCAUUCUUGAUACACACAGGAAACUGUUCAGCGUGAAAAACCCAGCAGCGUUGUAGUUCUUGACACACUCAAAUCGGUGCGCCUGGCACCUACUACCAUACCCCGUUCAAAGGCACUUAAAUAUUUUGUAUUGCCCAUUCACCCUCUGAAUGGCACACAAACACAAUCAAUGUCUUAUUUGUCUCAAGGCUUAAAAAUCAUUAUUUAACCUGUCUCCUCCCCUUCAACUACACUGAUUUGAUGUGGAUUUAACCAGUGACAUCAAUAAGGGCUCAUAGCUUUCACCUGGUCGGUCUAUGUCAUGGAAAGAGCAGGUGUUCCUAAUGUUUUGUACACUCAGUGUAUAUUCCAUUGGCAUCCAUCAAUUAAUUGUAUUUUUGCCUUUUUCUCUAGUGCAACCCAAGAUCACCUACCUGGUCAACCAGACUGCAUCAGAGCUGGAGGAGCAGAUCACCCUGACCUGCGAGGCCUCUGGAGACCCCACCCCAACCAUCACCUGGAGCUUUGGCCGAAGGGUCUUCACAGAGGGAGAGCAGGUACUGGUGUUUGGGGACCAGGGACGGGCUUGGAACCAGGGGCCCGAGCUGUGGUGGACAGGGUGUGUCAAUCAGAGUGCCAACUACUGCCAACUGAAAAUUGAUAGGAAAACUUAA